AUGCCACCACCACCCAGCGCAGCGCCGACACCAACGAGCCCGAUCCAGGCGUUCCACCCGUCCAUCGCGGCGCGCCGCGCCUCACGGCCGACCGGCACGCGCCCCGAGCCAGACAGCCUGCAGCCGACGCCGAGCCCCUCCCCGCCACCGCAGGCGCCGCCGGCGAUCUACCGCCCGCCAAAGGACAUUGAGACGCCUGGCCCCAGCAUCCCGCCGAGCAGGGCCGACUCGUUCGUCGACCUCGAGCUGAGCGUGCUCGGCCCCACGCCGGGCGGGAGCACCGACGCGGUCAACACGAGCGCGCUGGCUCUCGAGCGCGAGGUCGCUGCCCUCCCGCCUGUCGAUGGGGGCAAGGACGCGUGGCUUUUCUUGCUCUCCGCCACGCUCGUCGAGACCACCGUCUGGGGCCUGCCGUACACUGUUGGCGUGCUGCACGCCUUCUGGAGCACGAAAAUGUUCCCCCACGACGAGGCGACGCUCACGCUCGCUGCGACGCUGCAGACGGGCCUGAUGUACAUGUCGGCGGCAUUCCUCGGCCCUCUGUUCACCGCGUUCCCGCAGUACGAGAAGACGAUGCAGGCGGUCGGGCUGGUCGUGGCCGCCAUUGCGCUGAUCGGGUCGGCGUUCGUCACAAAGGCAUGGCACCUCGUCCUCACCUUUGGCGUCCUGUACCCCUUCGCGGGCGCGACGUACCUGCCGUGCGCGACGCUGAUCUACGAGUGGUUCCAAGCGCGCCGUGGCAUGGCGACGGGGAUCAUGUUCGCCGGCACGGGCGCGGGCGGCACCGUGUUCCCGUUCAUCGUGCAGGCGCUGCUCGGCAGGUUCGGGUACAAGGCGACCAUGGUGGCCAUCGGGCUCGGCUUCCUGCUCAUCAACGCGGCGGCGCUGGCGUUCGUGCGCCGCCGCGUGCCUGUUGGCCGUGGUGCCGGCUCGGCACGCCGCCACCGCCCCCAGAUCGACUGGAGCUUCUUGAAGAUGGGCGGCAUGUGGGCCGGCACGCUGGUCAUCCUGUUCACCGCCAUGGGCAACUUUAUCCCCAGCCUCUGGAUCCCCACGUUUGCCGACGCGAUCGGCGCGACGAGGCCAAACGGUACCGCGCUCGUGGCUAUCAUGAAUGCCGCAUCCGUCCCAGGAAACACCCUCACAGGCUACAUCUCCGACCGCGUCCCGCCCCGCCUGGCCAUCUUCGGCUCGUGUGCGCUCGCAGCGACAGCGACGCUGGUCCUCUGGGGCUUCGGCACGACCAACGGCCUGCUCGUCGGCUUCUCCAUCGUGUGGGGCUUCACCGCGCUCAGCUUUGUCGGGCAGUGGAGCCGCAUGAUCACGGUCAUUAGCAAGGGCGACCCCACCCUGCCCGGCCUCCUCUUCUCCUUCUUCACCAUGCUCAAGGGCGUCGGGAACCUCACCUCGGGCCCUCUGUCGACCAUCCUCCUCAACUCCGGCGAGCACUUCCGCGGCUCGAUCGCGAAGGGCGCGGCUGGAGCCUACGGCAAUACCAACUACGGUAUCCUCCUCAUCUACACCGCUGCUGCCACCUUUGCUGCCGCCAUCGCCGGCACCUUCUUCCCCACAAAGUAA